AGUGUAUUGAGGGUCCCAUAGCUGCCAGUUUAUUUCAGGUUUCAUCUGUUCGCUGAAAAUAUCCUGCUGAUCCUGAAAGGACAAUAAAGGGUAGUUUAUCGUGUUGUGCCUACUGACACAAUUUUUGGGCCAUUGGUAAAUUGAAUUUUGAAAUAAUUAAGUGGUGAAAUUUAGCGAUUCCUCAGAUAAUUGAAGUGGGAUUUAAACCGACUAGCCAGUGAGCAGCAGCAUUCACUCGACACUAUUUGCAUUUGUUCGCUCAACAGCGAAUUUUUCAGUUUUUCCAGCACAUCAGAUAGUUAGAAAAAACAUGUUCACCUUAUGGUACACAGUUCUGUCCUACAAGGAAUAUCGACAUUCAAUUUGGGAGAAAUUGUCCUCGAAAAAAAGUCCAGGACCGAAGGAAACCGCAAUUGUUUGCCCAUUGCCUCCCAAAAAGAAUGAGCCACCAUCUAGAAUUCCUGUAGUGGAACCUCAACCUCCGAAGCCGUCUCGAACGCCCUCACCCCUCAUACCUGUCCAACCUCCUUCUCCUCAGCCGCAGCCGAAGCCCCAACUACCCGCCACUCCUCCAACACCUCCUGCACCUGCCGCAGCAAAAAUGGAACCUCCAUCCAAACCUCCUCGUUCUCCUUCUCCUCAUCCUAUAAGGGCUGAGGCUUUUGACGACAUCGACUACGAGGAUGAGAGUGAUGAGAGCAGCGAACCUGAAGAGGAAGACUCAGUUUUGGCCACUCCUCAGAGAAAACCAGUAGCAAAGUCGGUUAAUGACUUUAUUGAUCGGGAGAAGACAAAUUAAUUGUUAUCAUUUGUUGCCUGUUUUUUAAUUGCAAUUAUUUCUUUAAUUUUUAGUUUUUUUACUUACGAAGCUUUUGGUUUAAAUGCAGAGUACUUUUUAAUUUCUUGAAAGUUGUUGGAUCGAAAUCCUGGAACCUCUUUGGUGGAUUGUUGGAAUAUUGUGUAUGUUAUAACAGUAUAUUAAGUAAGUGCCUUUAAACACUUACAGUGAUAUUUCCAUGCUGACGUGCCUAAUUUUUUCGGCUGUUGAAAGUUGACAUAAUAUUUAAUAAAAUGUUACUCGAAAAAGUCAUUACUAGUGGC